CUGAACAAGCAGAGAGUAAACUGACUGAGCCAGUCUCCAUGAGCCUCUGCAGACUCGACCGACCGUUUCGCAGCUCACUCACGGACCCGCAUUUACACCCCAGAAUCGCGGAUAACUUGAUUCUGGUCGGCCGGGAGGAUCCGGGAGGUCUCCUCCUCCCUCUCCUCACCAUGAAGGCGACCAGCUAACGCUAGCCGAGCAGUGUCCGCUAACAGCGGGACUCCUCCGGGCUGACAGUUUACAGCAGCGGCGGGUUCAGAGGAGGAGGAGGAGGUUAGCACCCAGCUAACCACACACUGCUGCCUGUGAGCCGAUCAGGAGCUGAAAGGAAGGAUUAGACGCCCACCAGGCAGAGCAGCUGUGGCAAAUUGCAGACGAGCAUGAGUCAUGACCUCAGUGGUGCUGGUUGACAGUGGUGGGACAGUGGUGGAGUAUGUCACAGCUGAAGAGGACCCAGAGCAGGAGGAGGGAGAGUGUGAGGUGGACUUGGAGCUGGAGGGAGAGGUGGAGGGUGAGUGUGAAGCCGAGGAGGCCUAUGAAGAGGAAAAGGAGGAGGCUCAGGACUACCCAGCAGUCAUAGUGGAAGAGAUUCCUAGUGCCAGCCUGGCUGAGGAGCAGAAUUACUCAGCCCAAGUGUUGUUGUAUGGUGAUGAGGCCUAUAUCAUGCAGGAAGUGGGAAACGAACAGGAAGUGGAGACGGAUCGGGACCCAGUGGAGGCUUCUGUUCACGGCACCAAUGUCCACUGCUCUGACAAAACAAUUGAGGCUGCAGAGGCUCUGCUACGCAUGGAUUCGCCCUCCAGCCUCAAAGAAGACCACAGCCCAGAAGCGUUCCUUCCACAAAGUGGAGCGACACAAGACUUCCUCCACGCUGCCAUGCGGCCUGACAUGAUCACAGAGUCCGAGGUGGAGAUAUCAACAGAGGAAUGUUGUGAGGAGGAGGAUGAGGAUAUGGCUACGGUUAUGGACGAUCCGGAGCCAGAACCCGACCACGAGCCAGUCAGAAAGAAGCGAGCUGGACGGAAGCCGAAGACGCAUCAGUCAGCCAUUUCCAACGGCUCACCGGACGUCGGCAUCAAGAAGAAACCAAGAGAAGGAAAAGGUAUCCGAGCAGGGAGCACCACCUACCUUUGGGAAUUCCUGCUGGACCUCCUCCAGGACAAAAACACCUGUCCCAGAUACAUAAAGUGGACCCAGAGGGAGAAGGGCAUCUUCAAGCUGGUUGACUCAAAGGCCGUGUCCAAGCUGUGGGGCAAGCACAAGAACAAACCAGACAUGAACUAUGAGACGAUGGGGCGGGCACUCAGAUAUUACUACCAGCGCGGCAUCCUCGCCAAGGUGGAGGGCCAGCGGCUGGUUUACCAGUUCAAAGAGAUGCCCAAAAACAUUGUCAUCAUUGACGACGAUAAGGCGGAGAUUCCUGCUCCAGAGGACCUGAUCGGCUCGGACACAGCGGCGUCCUACGAGCGCGUGCCUCCGCCGUCAGACAUGCUGCUCCACGCCACCGAGCUGUCAUCCUCCAAGAAGCCCAACAUCUUGCGGGGCGCUAACAAAACCAACGUCGUCCACACUCCAGUGGCCACAGGCAGCAAGCCAGCAGCAGGAGGAGCGGUGACGGCGGGAAGAAUAGUGACGGUCUCCGUGGCGUCGGACGGGAACCAGAAACAGCAGUCCCACGCGGCAAUCAUCCCGAACGCCACAGGGGCGAGGACGGUCCGGGUGGCUAUGCAGGUGCCAGUAGUCAUGACAACAUCACUGGGUCAGAAGAUCUCCACAGUCGCCAUGCAGCAGCCCGCGGGAACAACAGCAGCAGCCGGCCAAACCACUCUGCUCACCAACACCUCGGCUAUCGGCGCCGCUGCCGGAAACGCCAACUCCCAGCAGAAGGUCGUGAUCCAGACCAUCCCCACCAUGGUGCCAGCCACUGCGGAGAACGGAGACAAGAUCACUGUCCAGCUCGCCAAGAUCAUCACCAUCCCAGCCCACCAGCUGGCUCAGUGUCAGAUCCAGACCUCCACGGGCACAAACAAGCCCGGUGUCGGGGCCUCGCCGGCGGGCAUCAGCCUCCUCGGGAGCCCCCUGACUGUCCGCGCCCUCACGCCCGUCAACGUCGCGCCGGGAACGCAAGUGAUGAGACUCACCGUGCCGACGCAGGCGCAGCAACAGACUCUGGUGGUUUCGCAGCCGGGCAGCGGGGCGGGCGUGGUGACGGUGUCUGCGGCCAACCAGGCGGUGGCGGCGCAGCCUCGUAUCAUUAGCGGUGUCAUCAAUGGCUCAGAGCUGGUCAUAGGAGGUGGAGCGGUGGAGAAGCUGAAGGCCGCCGGCGUCCAGGUACAGGCCAUGCAGGUGCCGAUCCAGCAGAAUCAGGCGAAUCCAAAAAUGGCCCAGAGCGUCAAAUUGGAGCCAAUGGACUCGGCCGACGUGGCGAUGAAGACAGAAGAGCCCGAGUGUUGAAAUGCGUCCGUGUCUCCUCUGCCAGAGCGUGCUCGUUUGUACAUUUCUGAAGUCAUUUCUACUUUUCUUCGUAAUAACCAGCAGCAGUCUGUGAGACUUUAAAGACGCCCAGAAGUCUCUUCCCCCCCCCCCACCUUUUUUUUUGUGUGUGUCUUUUCUUCCUGAGCCCGUCUUCACAUCUUCCAUGUUGCUGCCUAGAACUAAUCCGGACUGUCUCAGAGCCGCACAGAAACCUCUCCAACAUAGGAAAACAGACUUGAAGGAAAGGGAUGUGUUGGGAAAAGGGACCAACUUUUGAUCACUACAGUUUAUGCUUUGGAAAUCUUUCACCGUCACUGACUUGAAAUCUGGGGAAAAAAGCGAAACACUACAAACACAAAUGAAAGCAAAUAAUCAAAAAGCAAAAUGUGAACCGUCACAUUCAAGAGGACCCGGAGGAUGGGGCUGGGGUGUAAUGCAGCUUUUGUAGAGACAAACGUUAAAACCAGCAAUUAGUUUUUUUAUUAAUAUUAUUAUGAUAUCACUGUGCCGAUCAAGUGUAGGUGGUGCUAUGAGAGUGAGAGGAAGAGGCGUUCCCACGAGGAGCGAUAUCAGACAGAACACGGUCAUGUAUGUACAUAAAUAUAAAUAUGUCUGCUAUACAGUUUACGGAGCUAAUGUUAACAGAACAGCCUUAGAUUUUAAUUUUCUUCUUCAUGUGAUGUCUGAACGGUAAGCUGUUGUUUUGUUUUCUUUGUGUUUUGAUACCUUGUACCAAGCACAGUAUUAUUGAAACUAGGGAAACUAAUUUUUCUUUCUACUGGUUCUUCCGCCUCCAUUUGGCUGUUUUAACGCUCACACAGGUUGAAUCUGACAGGCCAGACUGCUCACAGCACAUCUGAGGAUGUGGCUAGAAAGGAUCUUGGCUGCUCCUUUUUCUUUUAAUUUUGGAACAUUUUUGUGACCCUGCAGUCAGGCUGCAUGCAAAAAAACGCGACUGAGCCGAUGCAUGCUGCCACAUCUGAAAAUAGGAAUGUCUGUAGAAGCAAGAAAGAAAUUAAUCAAGUUUAUGCAAAGAUGGCUCACUGUGGAUCCCAGGUCACUUUACUUCCAGCUUAAAACGAGGCUCCUGCAUUUCAUUUUUUUUAAUCUGAAAAGAGGGAAGAAGAAGAAGAGACAGAGAAGUUUGUGUUCAGACUGAACUGUUUGUAUAUUCAACAUUUGAAGUAUAUUCUAUUUUGUUGUACUCUUGUUUCAAAGUGUAUUAAAGUAGAUUUUACUGAAAUAUAAAGACAUUUGAAACCUGA